AGAAGAAGAAGAAGAAGGAAGCAGCAGUUUCCAGAGGGACAUGUUUCAGUGUAACACCACGCGACUUGCAUGAAGCAGCAGGAUGGCUCUCUGUGCACUGAGGCGACAACUCCUGAAAAGAAGCAGUAGCUGUGGAGCCUGGGGCAGGUGUAUGCAGAGAUGGAGCAGUGGCUGUGUUUACUCCGACGUCCACGGCUUCAACCAGCUGGAGAUCAGAGAGAAGCUCCAGGCUUUUCCCGGUGGCUCCGUUGAUCUGCUCAAGCAGGACUCUGGGGUAGCUGUGCUGACCAUCAACAACCCGUCCCGCAUGAACGCCUUGUCAGGCAGCAUGAUGGUGGACCUGGAGGAACGGGUGAGCCAGCUCGAGAACUGGACCGAUGGCAAAGCCCUCAUUGUCCGGGGUGCCGCUGAAACGUUCUGCUCCGGAUCAGACCUUAAUGCUGUCAGGGCGAUAUCUAACCCACAGGAUGGGAUGAAGAUGUGCAUGUUCAUGCAGAAUGCUCUUACAAGACUUCUCAGGUUGUCUCUGAUCUCUGUUGCCCUGGUGGAGGGGAGAGCGCUGGGAGGAGGCGCAGAACUCGCCACUGCCUGUGAUUUCAGAUUGAUGGCAUCUGACAGCGUGAUCCAGUUUGUCCAUAAACACAUGGGACUGGUCCCAGGCUGGGGCGGCGCCACGCGACUUGUCCGCAUCGUUGGAAGCCAGAACGCACUAAAGCUCCUCGCUGGCGCUCUGAAAGUGGACCCCGAACUUGGACUGCAGGUUGGACUGGCCGAUGGAGUCCUGCAAGACCCGCAGGGACAGGAGGGUGCAGGGACUCCUCUGCAGCAGGCUGAAAAGUGGCUCAGUAGUUAUAUAAAAGGACCUGCCCCUGUGAUUCAGGCUGUGAAGAAGGUGGUGCUGUCGGGGAGAGAGCUCCCUCUGUCCGAGGCUCUGAGGACUGAGAAGGACGUGUUUGGCACCGUGUGGGGCGGACCGGCUAACCUGCAGGCCCUGGCCAGCAAGUCCAAACACAAAUGAUCAGGUUGAAGUGUCUCUCUUCAGGAACUUAAGAGCAUCUCAGCUCAGCAGAUCAAACCAAGCCCCCGUCAUGGUGAAGACGGUUUCUAAGAUGUCACAAAGGAAACUGGUGCAGCAUCUCUGGGGAGAGACUGAGUCUUUAUUAACAUUACUGACUGAACUUCAAAAUCUUGUUUCAUUGAUUCUCUGUAGACUGAUGCUGUAUAUGGACUUGUUUUAUUUCCAUUUUCCCCUCAAUGAGCGUAUAUCUAUAAUAAUAAAAAGCUGUGAAUAUGCUGCAUCAUU